AUGACAGAUUAUUGGAUAAGCACAAAGAAACAUUAUUGUGAAACUUGUAAUUGCUGGAUAUCUGGACACAAGGUAAAUAUAAAAAACCAUGAAAAAAGUUCAAGGCAUAUAGAAAAUUUUAAAAGAUUAAUUAAUGAAUCAUUUAAAAGAAAAGAAAAAGAAACAAAAGACAAAGAAUUUAUUGAAAAAGAAUUAAGAAAAUUAGAAAAUGUAGAAAAAGAAUAUCUUUCGACUUUAAAAAAAAAUGACAAAUCAACUCAAUUAGAUAGUUCUUUUCAUUUUAAUACAUGUAACUCUAGUAAUAAAAACUACCAAAGAUGGAUAUUAAUGAUACAUGAGGAUACAGGAUCUUUAGUCUUUUUUAAUAAACUUAACAAUCAAAUAACUUAUGAAAAGCCAAAGGACUUUUAUGAGAAAUUACCUGAGUAUCAAACAUUUUCUGAACAAAAUGGUUGGUUUAAAUAUUUUGAUUAUAAUUCGAAUAAUUUUUAUUAUUAUAAUAUUAAUAACUCUGAAAUUAUAUGGCAAUAUUCGGUGAGUACAAUAAAUGAAUUUAUUAACUUUGUAAAAAAAUAUGAAAGUCUUUGUAAAGAUAAAAACUUAAGUAACAUUAUAGAAAAUAUAAAUCAAAAUAUUAAGUCAAAUAAUUUAUGUAAUAAAAUUAAUUUAAAUAACAACAGUUAUUACACAAAUUAUCCUGUAAAUUUUAGCCAAAACAAUAAUUUUAUUUUUAACAAUUACAAUUUAUUAAACUUACAAGGAAAAAUGAAUUUAAAUGAUAAUAUAGAAAAAAUGGAAAAUAAAAAAGAAAAGGAAAAAAUGCAUAUGAUUAUAAAUUCCCAUAAGAGCAAUAGUAAUAACGAUAUGAAUAAUUUAGAUAACACUAAUAUUAAUAAUAACACUGAUAAUAUUAGCAAUUAUGGAAGAAUAAAUGGCAAUUCUUCAUAUAACUCUUUUGAUAAGAAUGAUGAACGUAUAAGUAACUUGAAAAAUAAAACAGAUGAUACAAUUAAAAAGAAUAAAGUGGAAGUGGAAAGUGAAAAUUAUUCUAAUUUGAAUGAAACAAAUGUAAUAAAUGAAAAACAUAAAAUGGAUAGUAAAAUAUUAAUUGAAGAAAAACAAAUAAAAAAUAAUUCAGAUAAGGAAAAGAAGAAAAAAAUUAUUGAUAUUAAUUUGUCAUCCAAAAAAGCAAAUAAUACAUUUUCAAACUUAAAUGAUAAAAAGGAAUAUACUGAAAAAAUUAAAAAAAAAAAUGCGAAAAAUACAAAUUACGAGAAUGGACAUGAAGAAAAGGAUGAAUGUAACAAAAAUGAAUGUUCUGAAGCUGCAAUACCAGGUGCUUGGCAAGAAGUUCGAAAGGACAUAAGUACAAUUUCAAAUGAAAGUAUUGAAGAUAUUUUUUAUAACAUCAAGUCAAAUAGAGAAAUAGAAGAAGAAGAAAUCGCACAACUUCAGGAAAAUAUUCGUUAUGAAUAUUCUACGUAUAAUGAAUUUUAUAUCAAAAAAAAAGAAUUAGAAAGUGAAGAUUUAUAUUUAAAUCAAGAAUUUAGGUUCGUUAAAAAGCCUAUAUAUAAAAAAAGUAUUGACAAAAAUAUUAAUAAAAAAGUAGAGUUCGCUAAAAGAAACAUUAAAAUAACAAAAAAUAAAAAAGGAGUUAUAAAAUAA